AUGGCAGCUUUUCUGCUGGGAGCUGUGUUGCUUGUUGUUCAGCCUCAGAUAGUGCCUUCCACACCAGCUAUAAAUUCGAAGGCUGAGACUUCUCAGUCUGUUCAAAGAGAGCUUUUAAAGAAAACAUCUCAAAAAAAUGACUUCAAGGAAAACAUUCAUUCUAAUGGAUCAUGCCGGCAGCUGCCACAGACUAUCAUUAUUGGAGUGAGAAAAGGUGGAACAAGAGCUUUGUUAGAGAUGUUGAGUCUCCAUCCAGAUAUUGCGGCAGCAGAAACUGAAGUUCACUUCUUUGACUGGGAAGAUCAUUACAGAAACGGACUGCAGUGGUAUGUUAAUCAAAUGCCAUUCUCUUAUCCCCAUCAGAUCACCGUGGAAAAAACUCCAGCAUAUUUCACAUCACCUAAAGUGCCUGAAAGAGUUUAUAACAUGAACCAAUCAAUAAGACUACUCCUUAUUUUAAGAGACCCAAGUGAGAGAGUACUAUCAGACUACACCCAAGUGUUCUAUAAUCACUUGCAGAAGCACAAGCCGUAUCCAUCCAUUGAACAAUUCCUGAUUAAAGAUGGUGAACUCAAUGUGGACUACAAGGCAAUAAACAGAAGCUUAUACUACAUUCACAUGCAAAACUGGCUGAAGUAUUUUCCUCUUGACCAUAUCCACAUUGUAGAUGGGGAUAAACUAAUCAAAGACCCCUUCCCAGAAAUAGAGAAGGUAGAGAGAUUUUUGAAGUUAUCGCCACAGAUAAAUGCUUCAAACUUUUAUUUCAAUAAAACUAAAGGCUUCUACUGCCUGAGGGACAGUGGUAGAGAGCGUUGUUUACAUGAGUCAAAAGGACGAGCACACCCACAAGUAGAUACCUGGUUACUUGAGAAACUGCAUGAGUAUUUCCACGAACCCAACAAGAAAUUUUUUGAGCUUGUGGGCAGAACAUUUGACUGGCACUCGUUUGUGGCUAGUUAG